CCAAUGGCAAACAGGCGGACACGGACCACCUGAUCCACAACGGUAAUCCGCAGAACACGACCAACGGCCUGCCCAUUCUGAUCUGGAUCUACGGCGGUGGCUUCAUGACCGGAUCGGCCACCCUGGACAUCUACAAUGCGGACAUCAUGGCCGCCGUGGGCAAUGUGAUAGUGGCCUCCUUCCAGUAUCGAGUGGGUGCCUUCGGAUUCCUGCACUUGGCGCCGGAGAUGCCGUCGGAUUUCGCGGAGGAGGCGCCCGGAAACGUGGGCCUCUGGGAUCAGGCUCUGGCCAUUCGCUGGCUGAAGGACAACGCACAUGCGUUCGGCGGAAAUCCGGAGUGGAUGACCCUGUUCGGGGAGUCGGCGGGCUCCAGUUCGGUGAACGCGCAGCUCAUGUCGCCGGUGACCAGGGGCCUGGUCAAGAGGGGCAUGAUGCAGUCGGGCACCAUGAACGCCCCCUGGAGCCACAUGACUUCCGAGAAGGCCGUGGAGAUUGGCAAGGCGCUGAUCAACGACUGCAACUGCAACGCCUCCAUGCUGAAGACCAAUCCCGCUCACGUGAUGAGCUGCAUGCGGUCGGUGGACGCCAAGACCAUAUCGGUGCAGCAGUGGAACUCCUACUCCGGCAUCCUCAGCUUCCCAUCGGCACCCACCAUCGACGGAGCCUUCCUGCCGGCGGAUCCCAUGACGCUAAUGAAGACGGCGGAUCUGAAGGACUACGACAUCCUGAUGGGAAAUGUCAGGGAUGAGGGCACAUACUUCUUGCUGUACGAUUUCAUCGAUUACUUCGAUAAGGACGAUGCCACGGCCCUGCCACGGGACAAAUAUCUGGAAAUUAUGAACAACAUUUUCGGCAAGGCAACGCAGGCGGAACGCGAGGCCAUCAUUUUCCAGUACACCAGCUGGGAGGGUAAUCCGGGCUAUCAGAACCAGCAGCAAAUCGGACGCGCCGUGGGCGAUCACUUCUUCACCUGCCCCACCAACGAGUACGCCCAGGCUCUGGCGGAGCGAGGCGCCUCCGUGCACUACUACUACUUCACUCACCGCACGAGCACCUCGUUGUGGGGCGAAUGGAUGGGCGUGCUGCACGGCGACGAGAUUGAGUACUUCUUUGGCCAGCCGCUGAACAACUCCCUGCAGUAUCGACCUGUGGAGCGUGAGCUGGGCAAGCGUAUGCUGAGUGCGGUCAUCGAGUUCGCCAAGACAGGAAAUCCCGCUCAGGAUGGCGAGGAGUGGCCCAACUUCUCCAAGGAGGACCCCGUCUACUACAUUUUCAGCACGGACGACAAGAUCGAGAAAUUGGCCAGAGGUCCUUUGGCGGCCAGGUGCUCUUUCUGGAACGAUUACUUGCCGAAAGUCAGGAGUUGGGCAAGCUGCGAUGGCGAUUCGGGAAGUGCUUCCAUAUCCCCGAGACUGCCGCUCCUGGGAAUCGCUGCUCUGAUCUACAUCUGCGCCGCAUUGCGAACCAAGGGGGUUUUCUAAAAGAAAACCACUGCCGGCAGAAGCCCCACACACACUGGAACACACACAACAUCCACAUCCACGCCACACCCCACACACACACACACCUAAAGUUAGAACACGUAUAUUAAUAAAAUUUAGCAAACGGAAGGAAACAAAAUUUUUUGUAGGCGCAGACAUUUGUGUAGGAGCAGCAGGAGAUUUGUUUACGGAAUUAAGUAGGAUCGGUUUGAGCAAGUCGAUGGCAAUUGCUGAACAUUUGUAAAUUGAACUUAGAGCUCCACGCACGCCCCAGGCAGUCAGAGGGUCGGCCAGAGUCCUUCGCAGGACCCUGCGCUUCCCGGCCGGACUCCCGUAUCCAGAGACCACUGUAGCCACAAGCCACACGCCACGCGCCAUAGGCCAGGCCCAAACCAAAUUGUUUUGUGUAGCACAACGCUAAAUUGCUUAAUUUGAAAGAAAUUGGCCAAAGGAUGGACGGAAUUUUUUGAUAAAUAUUAACGAAAAUAGAAACAAAUGUUUGUCAUGCCUUCAGGGGGCAGCCAAAAAGAAACAAAGUUUACAGAUACGUUUACCAAACGGAAAACUCGCUCAGAUGACAGACACUUUUUGCCACGCCCACAUUAAUGAGCGAUCUUUGAGCGCAUUUAAUGGCACAAUUUUAGCUUUCAGUUCGAAAAAGUCCUUGUUGCCUAACGAUAUUUGGCCAAAUUGCAUUGGUUUCAUGCUUAGGUUGAGGGUUCGUUUGAUUUCGAUUUACAUUCCCAAGGAAAACCCACACACGAAAUUUGUAACCACACAAGAAUCUUAUGAACAAACCCAAAUGGAAAUUUUCGGAAAAUCAACAAUUGUAUUGUACAAAAAUUGGCAUUGGUUUAUUAGGAGGGACGAAAGAAAAAGUAAAUAUACCCCCAAGUCAAGCACUACCCAAGACAAAUUUUUUCGAAGCGAACAAAGCGAAGCAAAUUGAUAAAUUGUAAUAAAGAAUCGAUCGAAAAUUGAGGUUUAAGCAUAGUUCGGGGCAAUGACGAUAUUUAUAAUGCAAAACAUAUCAGUAUAUUAUUGUAUUUGUACUAAACGUUUUACAAAUUGGCUUAAGGAGAGCUUGGACGGAAGAAAAAUGAAAUGAUUUAAUACUGAAUAAUGGUAAUUAGAAAUUUUAUACACAUAGCGAAAUUGGAUCAAUGAUUAACACAAACGUAUUGUAUAAUGAGUAACGUAUAUGUACUUGGUAUGUCUAUAUCUAUAAAUAAAUAUUGUUCAAAACGUAAAUCCAGAAAAUGAAAGAUCAUUGUCAACCCUAGAGUUCAGUGUGUGUCGCAGACUAAAUGAGAACUAAUGAGUAAUCGUAAUUGUAAUCUGUAAUCGUAACCGUACUCUGUAAUCGUAUUAAAGGCAUAUCAAUAUGUAUUAACUAUGGAAAUCGAAAACCUUUCGAAAUUUACUAAGGUAAGCCACACUGAUAUUAAUUAAGUUAUUUUUAUCAACAAUUAUUAUAAUACCACACACUAUCUGAUAAUACAUAGAUUCAGCAAGUAUUAGACUUACGAACAACAACAACAACAUUAACUGUUUGCUAACAUUUGAAAGUUUUAAAACCAACCAAUAAACGAGAAAACCCUUAAACCAAAACCAAAACCAAAAACAAAAACCAAGCGAAUCCCAAAUAAAUAAACAAUUAUUGUAUUGUAUUAGGUAUGAACUGUGGUCGAGGCCUACUGAGCGAUGUUCGCUUUCAACUGUAGCAUCUAGGAAAAUUAAUGUGACCCUCUAGCCAGGUGACGAAUGCACUUAGGACACUGUAUAUCUGAUCGUUAUAUCUGAUACUACUCGUACUCAACACCAAUGCAAGCAACGAUAGCAAGCCACUUACUUAGAAAACUCCCCAUAGUUAUACGACAAUUGCACCGCGAUUAACGAAUAAUUCUACAAUUGAGCGAGAAGCGAAUCGGAAGCAGAUGCAGAAGCAGCAGAUCCACAAGGCAUUCCUAAGUUAUGCAUUACUUUAAAUACUUCUUAAAGGGACAAACAAGAAACUAACAUAACGAAACAAAUAAUAACACUGCAUGAUGCGAAAUAAUAACUUAAACAAAAGGAUUUUUUAAGUAUAUGUGGAACAUUUAUAUUUUUAUACCAUGCAAGAAGCGAAAUGAAAACAAAAACAAAGCAAAAACCGAAAUUGCGUAAAAUGGAGAUAUUAACAAACGAUGAAUAACUUUAAAAUUUUGUACUAAGCCAUUGUCUAAAACCGUGGACACGAAAAAGUGUGAGACGAACUCCAAGAUAACUAGCUUUAAUCCCUAUCCCCUCUCCCUAUGAUUGCACCACGUUCGCCUCUUAACCGAAACCAAAAAGUAAUUAAAGCUAGGUACUAUAUAUAUAAAGUAACCGAUUCCAAGACUAGACUUGAUAGUUAAUCCUGUAAUUCUGUAGAGGCGAGUGGGCCAAAGCGAGUGCUGCCUGUGACGGGGCCACGCCCACUUGGCCGGCCUCCAAGGUCAGGUGGGAUCAGAGGGUCAGAGGUCACUAUUGGGCAGUGUUAACUGUGCGUCCACUCACAGCGAGCAUAGAGUUAAUGAAUAUCAAAAAGAAAGUACAUGUGUUUACCGUGUAUUAUGCCUUCUGCCUUCAAAAAAUAUAGAGAAGUGAAAGUACUCAUUCUACGACUACGUUGUUACCAUUGAUAUGCAUUUUCCUCCCUUAUUUUCGUCUCACCCGAAAUUAGGAAUAUUUUUUGUCAUUUUGCAUGGUUUUCGGCUCAAGCCAAAGAAUUGACAAUAUAAUAUUUCGCCUUAGAAGCAAAAGGAGCAAACGAAUGAAAGACAAAUUCCAAGUGUUAUGCUUAUAGAUCUAAAUUUUUAUACAUGGACAUGGACAUGGACACUUCGUCGUCUCAUUUUUUGGUGAACGUGCACUAAUCGCUACUCGUAUGAUUUGUAUAGAUUAUGGCUUUCGUUGCGGUUCUUCCAGGUCAUCUUAAUAAAAUAUAUUUAUAUAUUUAUACGAUAGGACAACCACACACACGCACCCACUCUCACACACAAACACAUCUCAGUGUGCUUUUGCUGUAGUAGUCUGCCAAUUGUAAAAGAAUUUAUAUAUAAACGAAUCGAAACCGAAACGGAAACGGAAACACUCAUAUUCUAAUCUAUGAUAAUAAUGAAAGCAUGCUGGUCACAAACACACACGCAUACCCCCACAAAUACACCCACACUCACACUUCAUAGAAGGACGAAUCGUAGGAAUAGAAAAUACAUGUGCAGAAUCCUUAGACGGUUAUUGUGUUUGUGUUUUGUAUAAAAAAACAAAGAUAAAACCUAAAUGAAAAAAAAACAUAGUUCAUGUUUUUGUUUAUUGUGUAUUAAAGACAAGUUAAAAAUUGUAUCAGCUACGACAUCUGAUAAUAAAAUCGAAAUCUAGGUGGUAGACAAAACUCUCUGUACAAUGUAAUAAAUAUGUUGAAUGCUAUACAAUAGAAUACAAUACAAAGUACACACUCACACAAACAGAAUCUAAAUCUGAAUCUGAUGAAAUAAAAAUAUAUAAUACGAUAAAAUCUGAAGAAACCAGGCACAGAUAUGCAUUUGACAUUAUAACAAUUUUCACAAUUAGAGUUUAAAGGCAGAGAUGACGUUUAGUAAAUUAAAUACAGAGUCUUUUAUGUAUAAAAAUCAAAUACAUAUCAAUAUAUGGCCUAUUGUUUAUUUAGUUUAAUUAUAUAUUAUGAAUAAUACACUCGAAAGCAGCAGGUGUGCAGUAAGGCUCUGAUUUAUGACUUUUUAAGUAGGCAAUUUGUAAAAAUUAAGCAGCAAGCAAACACAAUACAAGCAGAAACAAGCCAGAGAACGGAAAACAAAAACAAAUUGUGGUUAAAUAUGUGUUCUUACUUGUUAGUGGUAAUAAAACAAAAGUAAAAGUAUAACAAACAAAAUAAGCAAAAAUACUGUAAUUAUAACUGUUAGCUUUUAAUCAUGCCAAGCAUUUUCCGUUGAAUUCCUCGACUUUCGUUUGACAAACUCGCUUGAAAAUAUGUUUUCACUUAGAACACACCGAUUAGCUUAUAUUGCAAGUUGUAGUUGCCCAACACACACACACUAAACACACCCAUGAGAACACCCACACACACACAUACGAAUUCCCGUUUGAGUAAUGUGUAAUGGCUAUGAAACUACUUAAUAGCAAACAAACACACUCAUCAGGCAUCACUAAUGCAAAUAAAGUUAAAAGGUAGCUAAAAAUAACAAAUAAGACAACUUUUGUUCACGCAAAAGAGCAAAAGUCAAGAGCAAAUCGAAAAUUAAUAAAUCGAGACUCAUAAAAGUGGAUACAGUGGAUACACCCAUACACAUACAGUUAGUACAAUGGCAGCUCCAAGUCCUCAUCUUGUGUUCCAAAUUUGAAUAUAUCAUUUGAUGGCGACGCUUUAGUGUUCAGCAAAACAGUAAGCAAAUACAAACCAAAAAUUAAAGCAGAAUUCUAUUUAAUGUGUAAGACGAUGUUUGUUUGUGUGUCAAUGACGGAACCUUGUUACCGAUUUAAUUAUAAUUAUUAUUGUCGCAGAACUUACUUUAAAUUCAAGGAAGACGAAAUGAAAGUUCAUUUCACGAGGUGCAGACCUUGCGCAGACGACAGAUAACAUAUGCAAAACAUAAUUGCUGUUUUAAGAUAUUAACUAUAUAUAAAUAUAUAUAUAUACAGACAUACAUCUAGAUUGAAAAAUAUGACAUGAGCAUACAAAAUGUAGGGAUCAUUUUACUGAAUAUUAUAUACAUACUACUACAUAUAAUCGAAACCAAAAUUCUGCUAAACAAAGGAAAAAAUAAAAAACACAAUUGAAUGCUAAAUGUAAUACGAUUACUGAAACUCAAGAGAAAGUAAGAAACUACCAAGAGGAAAUGUAAUGUGUAAACAAUUGAAAACCGCAUUGAAGCAGCAUAAAGAAUACACAAAUUUAAGUGAAAUUAUAUUACGAAAUAUAUUGUAUAUCGAUACAAGAUGGAUACAAGUAAAAUACAAAUAAAACUCAUGUAUCAUGUACUAAACAAA